UGAAGCUACAGCAAUAAUUUAUUCCAGUCUCGCUCUGUUGACACGGUCCAGUUUGCUCUCAGCCUUGCUACAUUACAUAUUUACACCCUACAUUUUCGCAAAAAUGCCAUCUGCAUCCAACCCACUUGUGCCGACCAUCGACAUUUCCCCACUUUUUGGGGACGAUAAGAAUGCAAAGUUAAAAGUCGCCGGCGAAAUUGACCAAGCAUGUCGCGGCUCUGGAUUCUUCUUAAUUUCAAACCACGGCAUCACCGUUCUCGACAAGUUGGUCGAGACGACGAAAAAGUUCCAUCAAUCGAUGACCGAUCAAGAAAAGUUUGACUUGGCGAUCGUUGCGUACAACGAGAAAAAUUCGAAACAGCACAGGAACGGGUAUUAUCUCCCGAUCAAGGGGAAAAAAGCGGUUGAAUCUUAUUGCUACUUAAACCCGACCUUCUCCAGUGAGCAUCCCAUGAUCAAAAAUAGCAACACACCCCUCCACGAAGUCAACGUUUGGCCGGAUGAGAAAAAGCAUCCUGGAUUCAGAGAAUUCAAUGAGGAUUUUUACUUCAAGAUGUUCGACAUGUCGGCAAAACUCCUUCGCGGAUUUGCCCUUGCUCUUGAAAAGGAGGAGGAUUUCUUUGACUCUUACUUCAAGAAGGAGGACACAUUGUCGUCAGUGCGACUUAUUCGCUACCCGUAUUUGGAGGACUACCCUCCCGUCAAGACGGCCGCGGAUGGGACGAAAGUUAGCUUUGAGAGUCAUCAGGAUGCUUCCCUCCUCACGGUGCUGUAUCAGCCAUACGUGGCAAAUUUGCAAGUAAGCAUGCCUGAGGGUUAUUGUGACAUUCCGUCGUCGGACGAUUGUUUUUUGGUCAACUGUGGAGGAUACAUGGCCCACAUUACGAAUAAUUACUACAAGGCUCCAAUUCAUCGCGUGAAAUUUGUCAACGCGGAGAGAUUGUCGCUCCCAUUUUUCGUCAUGUUGGGAUAUGAAAGCAAAAUUGAGCCGUUCAAUCAUUCGAAACAUGAUGCCAAUGCUGCAGAAGCUCCUCCAGCGAUAACUUACGGGAAUUAUUUCCAAAAUGCGAGAGUCCAACUGGUCAUUACAAAUGGUCAAACUUAAUUUCAAACCCAUAUUACGCAAAACACUGUAAAAAUGCAUGGACAAAAAUAUCUAAUAAAAAUAAAUUUGUGGAUGAAUUUAAUUAA